GAGAGCGCAGAUGUCAUGAGAAGCGCGAGCACACGACGCGAGCUGCUCACCGACCUCAACCAGCCCGCCUCCCUACGCUCCGCUCUGGGAUGCUUUUAGCGCACAGACGUCUCCUCUCAGGGCAGCCCGUGGACGCGCAACGACGCCUGCACUUUUCAUUUUAAUAUACAUUUUUAAAUUGAAGGAUCAUUCCCCUCUUCCGAUACCAACAACAACCCCCUCCCCUUUUAAGUGUUUAUGUUUAUUUCUUCAUGACUGCUGUUUUGGGAAGCGACUCUCAGCACCAGCUCCAGCGACGCCAACACCAUGCGAGCCCAAAUCGAAGUCAUACCAUGCAAAAUCUGCGGAGACAAAUCAUCAGGCAUUCACUACGGGGUUAUCACAUGUGAAGGAUGCAAGGGGUUCUUCAGACGUAGUCAGCAGAAUAACGCAUCGUACUCCUGCCCUCGCCAGCGAAACUGCCUCAUUGACAGAACCAACCGAAACCGCUGCCAACACUGCCGCCUGCAAAAAUGUCUUGCCCUAGGAAUGUCUAGAGAUGCUGUAAAAUUUGGUCGUAUGUCCAAAAAGCAGCGUGACAGCCUGUAUGCAGAGGUUCAGAAGCACCAGGCACGACUUCAGGAGCAGCGGCAGCAGCAGACUGGGGAGGCUGAAGCUCUCGCACGCGUUUACUCUACCAGUCUAACCAAUGGACUGUCCACCCUCAACCAUGAGAUUGGGGGCACAUACGCUAAUGGUCAUGUCAUAGAACUGCCCAAGAGUGGCCAUGGAAAUGGGGGUGUCCCGGGAUACUACAGCAUUGACUCCACCCAGCCCUCGCCCGACCAAUCAGGGCUGGACAUGUCCGGCAUGAAGCACAUUAAACAGGAGCCAGUGUAUGACCUUACGCCUGUCCCAAACCUGUUUAGCUACGGAGGAUACCAGGAGAGUCAACUGGGACCUAAUAACGUCAGCAUGGGAGAGCUAGACCGCAUUGCUCAGAAUAUCAUAAAAUCCCACUUGGAGACAUGUCAAUACACGUCAGAUGAGCUGCAGCAGUUGGCGUGGCAGACACACUCCUACGAAGAAGUCAAGAUGUACCAGAGCAAGCCUCGGGAUGUACUGUGGCAGCAGUGUGCCAUCCAAAUCACCCAUGCGAUUCAGUAUGUAGUGGAGUUCGCCAAGCGCAUCUCAGGGUUCAUGGAACUGUGCCAGAAUGAUCAAAUCCUACUUCUAAAGUCAGGUUGUUUGGAGGUGGUUCUGGUCAGGAUGUGCAGAGCGUUCAAUCCUCUUAACAACACUGUCCUGUUUGAAGGGAAGUACGGUGGGAUGCAGAUGUUCAAAGCACUAGGUUGUGACGACUUAGUGAGUGCGGUGUUUGACUUUGCCAAGAGUUUGUGCUCACUGCAGCUCACUGAGGAGGAGAUCGCUCUGUUUUCAGCUGCUGUACUCAUUUCCACAGAUCGGUCGUGGCUGAUGGAGCCAAGGAAAGUUCAGAAGCUACAAGAAAAAAUAUAUUUUGCUUUGCAGCACAUAAUGCAGAAGAACCACAUGGACGAAGACGCAUUGGCAAAGCUGAUCAGCCGUGUCCCGACACUGUCCGCCCUGUGCACACUCCACACAGAGGAACUGCAGGCCUUUCAGCAGCUCCACCCCGAGACCGUCAAUGUCCUGUUCCCUCCUCUUUACAAAGAACUGUUCAACCCGGACCCAAACUCCACCAUGACCAUGCCCAAGUGACUACCUGCGGCCCCACUGCGACACAUGCUGCCAGCAGAGGGCCACCAAGAGCAACAAUACAAGAACAAGACUACUGCCACCUCAGGCAAGACAAUGAACAAUGAGUGGCAUAUUUUAGAAGGGGGAGAGGAGGAGACACCACCUGCCAGAGACUUACCGCCAACUACUAUAGGAAUGUCCAGCACUUACUCCAUCUUGUUCACCGAUACAGUCUAAAGAAUGUAUAUAUAAUGAAGUUAAUGAAUCAGUGCUCCCAAGCCACACAAUACAAAAUACAAGGGGGGGCUGUCUCAUGAACUGAACUGACCAGAAAUGUACAGACUUAUAAAAAAAAUCUAGGAACAAUUUUAAGCUUAAUGAAAAAAUUGGUAAGUUAAUUUCUUUUAACUUUGAAAAAAAUCUUUAUGCUUGAUUUUGUUUUGGAAGGAAGAAGCCGGACUGGGAAGGGAUUUAGAAAAAGCGACUGUAGAUAUAUUCUUCUAGAGCAGAGUGGAUUCCAGUAUUACUUCUGUUAAAAAUAACUUAGUCCUAAUUUAAAUAUACAGCUGUCAGUUGUGGCUGGCGAUAUUAUGUCGAUGUGUUUUAUUUUAUUUUAUAGUUACUUGUGUACAGAAUUUGUAAAGACUUGUAAAAGAAUACUGGGUUAAAACCGGGAAUUGAUUCAGGUUUGUUGAUAUAUAGAGAAGCCUUGUCUGGAUUUUGUUCAUUAUGUAAUGAAGGUACUUCAACCUUCAAAUAAGAACUUAUAGACUUGUAAAGAGAGAAAAUAUGAAGGAUUUUUAAAAAUGACUUUUCAAGAUAUAUACAGAAAUAUUCUAUUUUGCAAAAGAAGUGGCACCGUAUCAAUCUUAUUCACGCUGCAAUAAUGCUGGUACAAGCAGGACUGCUUUGGAACAAUCAUCAAAACAAUCAUCAAACCAGGCACAAAACAGGACCUCAGUUAACAAUAUUUCAGAUAACCCUCAUCCAACAGACAAACCAGGCAAAAUAUAGCCUAUAAACAGUUUGUGAAAUUAAAAAAUUUCAGUUUUUAUUACCUUAAUGACUUUUUUCACUUUUGCACAAUUUUGUCCUUGGAUGUCAAUCACUCCGGGCUUUGAAAAUGAAGGACCCUUUUAUUUCUACAAAGCAAUAACUUUUCUCUCUGCCUUUCUGAUCUUCUACCCUCCUCCUUCUUCAAGUUGUAGCAAUUAUAACAAAAAUGCACUAUCUCCUAACUCCACCAAUGAUCUCUUUAAAAGAGCAUUCAUGUUAUUUUUUAUUAUUUGAUCUUGGGUUCGGACACAACCCACCAAGCGCUUUUUUCAAAAUGUGAAGACCAGCUGUCAAAAGCUGGCUGCAAUAUUACAUGUCCAUUUAACAAACUGUGAGACAAGACAAUCACCAUUGCGCGCUGUAGAAUUCCUCCCAUGAUAGCACUUAUUACAUCAUUUCAAAUGUUUUUUCUACUUCAUCUUAUGCAUUGCUUUUGCCCACUGUGUAAUUUGCUGCUAAAGGAAGGUUGAUUGAUUCUAUCUAAUCAUCUCUAAUCCAAUUUUUGGGUAUGUGCUGCAUUCAGCCACUAUGCUUGCUCAGUUGGCAUUGCUUUUGAAAUGUAAUAUACUGUAUUCAAAGGCAUUGCUCAAAAAUGUUACAAAAUUACUCCCUGUGUAGAAUAAUAUAUUUUGUUGUCACUAUUUCUUGAAUAGCACAAUUUUGAUCUAAAUCUUUUCAGGGACUGGGCUAUCAUGUUUCAGUUAUAUGUAUUGCACUGGGGCCAAACAUUAACUUGCUUUGAAAAUAUGCAACUUGGUUUUUUUUAGGUUUUUUUUUUUUUUUUUCCUUUAACGCUAUUACAAUCACAGUUUACCAUUUACAGACAUUAAAUCUAAUCUUAGUUUGACCUUUCACCCCAGAUCAGAGGCCAGUGACCCUUAAAGACAAUCACUUGCUCAUAAAAAAAGCUUGAUGCACUACACAGCAUCUCUCAGGGAGCAGCUCUUUUUCACACUUUGCAUGAAAAGAGGGUUAAAUAUUUUUGCAAAUUUACAUGGAAAAAUUAUUAUAAAUGAAGUAAUUUUUGUGAAAAAUAUGGCGUACAGCACCAACAUUGGAAUAUGCCCAGACAAGGCUUUGACAAGUGUGUGUGUAUGUCUGUAGCGAGCCUGAAUUCACUGUCUGCUUAUUAUUUAUCAUUGGCUCAUAGCGCAGAUAUAAUGACCAUAAAAUAGCCCACAUUUGUCAACACUAGUUCAACAUGUACUGUGUAUUUUGCUGCUCUCGGGACAAUAGGAGGCAUCCAAUAGUAAGCUGUGAAUCAUAACAUGAAGACAGUGAAUUCUCGCUCCGAAUAUGAUGUUUUUGUGUAUGUUUUUUUUCUUGUUAGACUGUGAAUCAAAGGGGUGGGAUGGGGUUGAGAGACAGGAAGUGCUGGCAACAAGUGGCAACAUAACACUGUAAGUAAGAUACUGUAGCAAUAAGAAAUGGAGGCAUUUACUACUGUCAUGUUUGCAUUGUAAGAUUAUUUUUUAUUUUAUUACUAUUUACUAUUAUUAUUGUUCUUAUUAUGACUACUAUUCUUCUAUUACUAUUAGCCUAUUGUUGUUCUGUUCUAUUUGCAUGAAGUUUCAUUGCUAUAAAACAUUUGGGGCUUAUUUGUGAUUUCUCUUCUCAUGAUAAUGGAGAGGAUGGGCUUACUGACAGGGUGGGCCACGGGUUUAGGGCCAUUUCCAGAUCGAUUCAGUCAGUUCAAAGCAAACAUUUUUUUCACGAGCUGGAAGCUGAACCUUUUUUUUUAAUAAAACGCUCCUAUUUAUACACAAUUUCAAAUUUCUUUCUGAAUUUCAAUGGUGAAUUUUCUCCUGAAACCUUUGAAUGUGUGAGUUGUGAUUUGCCCUGUCUGAACUGGCCUUAUUGAACCAGUUUCUAGACCCAGAUCCUUCAGCGGGGAGGGGUCGUUUAUAUUUGAAUGUUUGAAGAAGUAUUGCUUCAUUGUGAUGGCUGUAUGCAGUCAUGCCUUUACGUUUCCAUAAACACAGAAAAACAAAGCGCACAAUAAAGACAGUCAUUGAUACAUCCUGUCACUCCAAACACACAUUUCCAUACUCUUUACAAUACUUUUUUCCCUCACUACUCCACCCAGGUCAUUCUCUUCCCUGCCCUGAGAAAACGUGUGAAUGGGUGUGUGAGAUGAUGUAUGAUUUUACCAGUGCUUUGUGACCUUUCUAUAAGCAUUACACAGGCGUGCAACUGGAGUAGUGUUGAUAAGUGUUAAGUUAUUGUUUCGAAUGUCUUUGCAUCGAAGCGAGAGCAAAUAAAACAAAAUGUAGCAAUCUGUAACAAGAACCUAUGAGGUGCUAAGGUUACAGAAGAUCUUUUACACAUAAACAAAAGAAACAAUAAAAAACAAAACAUUUGUGUUGUUUUCAAAGUGCCAUAGUUUUAGAGGAAAGGAAAGAUUGGUCAAAAGGAGGGUGUAGAUGCUUUACUGUGUGCAUUUACUUGAAAAUCAAAAAAGGGGAGCUCCAAGAAAAUGGUGUAUUGGAAAUACACUUAUCAUUUUUUUUACAUUUUCAUUGAAGGGACUCUGCUGGACUCUGAACUAUAACUCUCUAAAAAUAACUUCAUAACUGUUUAAUUUUGCAUCAAAUUAAGUGUGUUUGUGUGCGUGAUGUAGGAGUCAAAACGAUCCAGAUUUAAAUAAGAAAAAAGCUGGGUCAAAGUCCUCCUUUGAGAUAAAAAUACAAUGUGAAGAUCUGAAGUGAUUUUUGUUAAAUUCUAUAUUUUAUCGCUUUUGUAGACAUUUUGUUGUGGGAAGAAAAAAUAAAAACUUUUAUGGGUG